UCGUCCAUUUUCUUCUGCAACUCUGUGUGCAUGUUUCGUAAUUAGAGCUUUAGUUUUGGUCUCUUUCUCCCAUUAUCUUACCCUUCCAUUAAGAUAUGGGGCUUGCAGUCCUUGAAAACCAAGUUGGUAUUCUUUGUGUGAUCUGCAUGGUACUGCUCUUGCCUGCUUUAUGCACCUCUGAUCAAGACAUGUCUACUUAUUCAUCAAGAGCAACCUACUAUGGUAGUCAUAAUAGCCAUCAAACUCCAAGUGGAUCUUGUGGGUAUGGUGAAUUUGGAAGGACUGUCAAUAAUGGUGGCGUGACUGGAGUCUCUAAACUAUAUAGGAAUGCAACUGGUUGUGGUGCAUGCUACCAGGUUAGGUGCACAUCAUCACAAUAUUGCAGUGAGGAUGGAGUGAAUGUGGUGGUGACUGACUAUAGUGAGGGUGACAAAAUUGACUUCAUACUCAGCUCCCGAGCCUAUGGAAGAUUGGCACACCCUGGUUCCAAAGGGGCCAAGGAGUUGUUUGCUCGUGGCGUUAUUGACGUAGAAUACCGAAGGGUCUCGUGCCGCUACCCUGGUUACAACCUUAUGUACAAGGUCCAUGAGAAAAGCAAAUAUCCUAAUUAUCUAGCUCUAGUGAUUCUAUAUGCAGCCGGGAAAAAUGACAUCACGGCCAUCGAAUUGUGUGAGAAGAAUUGCAAACAAUGGAAGGGCAUGCAUAAAGCCUUCGGGGCAGUGUGGGACAUGUCUAAUGGAGUACCAAGUGGUCCAAUAAAACUAAGGUUUCAAGUGAGUGGUAGCGGUUGGGUUGAAUCCAAAACUGAUCUACCUGCUUCAUGGAAAUCUGGGGUUGCUUAUGACUCAGACAUUCAACUCAAAACAAAUUAGAAAGCUCUUUUGAUUUUAAUAAUAUUUUGAUGUUUUAUUGGAAAGAAGUAUAAUCAUUGCAUGGGUUACUAUGUCAUUGAUUAUUAGUUUCUCUCUAGUUACUAGGGUAUUGUAUUGUAUUGUAUGCUUUGUCAGCAGAAGUGCUCUUGGUCAUGUUCCAAUAUAAAUAAUAGGCCAGGUUAAUGUUGUACUUUGGGGUUAGUGAUCAGAGAUCAUGAGUAUGAAUAAUAU